ACUCUCACCAUUUCCUCUCUUGCGUUAUCUACCUUAUCUGAGCAAUCGACAGACUAUCCCAAACUCUCUUUCUCCUCUCUCUCCAAAACAAUGGCGUCUCUGGCGCAGCAAUUCGGUGGCCUGAAAUGUUCACCACUCUCCACCUCUCGGCUCUCGAAACCCUUCAACAAUCACUCUACAAAGCAAACCCAGAAGCCCAAUUUGGUGAGAAUAGUCUCGGCAGUGGCCAUAUCGAAUGCACAGACCAAAGAGAGACAGAGACUCAAAGAGAUGUUCGAACAUGCCUACGAGAGGUGUCGUACGGUCCCACUCGAAGGCGUCUCCUUCACUGUCGAUGACUUCCACUCCGCCCUCGACAAGUACGACUUCAAUUCGGAACUUGGCACCAAGGUCAGAGGAACAGUAUUCUGUACAGACAAUAAUGGAGCACUAGUUGACAUUACGGCCAAAUCUUCAGCAUAUUUACCUGUCCGAGAAGCAUCCAUUUACAAUAUUAAGCAUGUUCAAGAGGCAGGCAUAGUUCCUGGUUUGACUGAGGAGUUUGUAAUUAUUGGCGAAAAUGAAGCUGAUGAUAGCCUAAUCUUGAGCUUACGGUCAAUCCAGUAUGACCUUGCAUGGGAACGAUGUAGACAGCUUCAAGCUGAAGAUGUUGUUGUCAAGGGUAAGGUUGUUGGUGCAAACAAAGGUGGAAUUGUGGCAGUGGUGGAGAGCCUCCGUGGGUUUGUUCCAUUCUCACAGAUAUCAACGAAAUCAGUUGCAGAGGAGCUUCUUGAAAAGGAGAUUCCUCUUAAGUUUGUGGAGGUGGAUGAGGAACAGUCUAGGCUUGUCCUGAGUAACCGUAAAGCCAUGGCUGACAGCCAGGCACAGCUUGGAAUUGGAUCAGUUGUCAUUGGAACUGUCCAGAGCCUGAAACCAUAUGGUGCCUUCAUCGACAUUGGUGGAAUAAAUGGCCUUCUCCAUGUUAGUCAGAUCAGUCAUGAUCGUGUCUCAGACAUUGCAACAGUACUUCAACCUGGCGACACACUCAAGGUCAUGAUACUGAGCCAUGAUCGUGAGAGAGGCCGGGUGAGUCUGUCUACUAAGAAGUUAGAACCUACUCCCGGGGACAUGAUUCGGAAUCCAAAGCUUGUUUUUGAGAAGGCGGAGGAGAUGGCCCAGACAUUCAGGCAGAGAAUAGCUCAAGCAGAAGCCAUGGCUCGUGCUGACAUGCUGAGAUUCCAGCCUGAGAGUGGAUUGACUCUUAACUCCGAUGGGAUAUUAGGUCCGCUUACUACGGACUUGCCUGCAGAGGGCCUAGAUUUAAGCGAUAUUCCUGCGGAUGUAGAUUCUUGAUUGGAAGUUACAUAAUCUUUUUUUAUGUUUUCUUUGUAGUUACAUUUUUUUUUUCAA